AUGGACAAUAAUAGUGUUUACAUUGAGGCAAUGUUGCAUUCUAUACCGUUCUUACACACACCAUAUGACAUAAAUGCCAAUACGGUGAGCAAUACGAUGAGUUCGGGCGGCAGACUUGUUCAAUUACAGUUAAUCUAUCUCGCUCUGUGUUCGAUGUCGCAAGGGGCGUACGUGAGUCGUAUGGCCACAGUGAACAGAGUGAGAGCGCCCACCGCGUUCAGACCUGGCGUCACCUUGCACAGACCUUGGAUGCACCAGCGACUAGUCCCGGCGGCAUCACAUAGAGUACCAUACGUGGUAUACAGAAACGCACCACAGAGAUAUACUGUAAAGCAUUAUGGACCAGCCACCACACGUAACAUAUUCGCUGCACCUUGGAAGAGUACAGCACGACUGCCAUCCCUGUCCCCCGCACAGAGCUACGAGUUCGUCCGUUCAGCAUCAGCACCAGCUUCGGUACACAGCGAUGGUGGUACAGGUGCCAUACACACGAUACCAGCGCCGAACCUGAGCCUCUCAGAGAAACCGAUCGUGGUCAUCGACUCUGAUAAUUAUCACAAACCGACAACAGAAGCUGCCAAACCCACGUAUGAAGUGACUGAGAAAUACCUAGAACAACCAAUGUACGAUAUGUCACCCAAAAUAGAAAUACCGGUUGGAUUUUCUAAACCCACAUCGUUGUCUCCAUCUGAUAUACAGACAUUGGUGAAGAAUGGACCAGCUUUGCAGUUUGCACAUGAGUAUGGUCUAUCGGUUGCAUUGCCGUCUCCUAUUGCCCCCCAACAAUUUUCCCUCCAAGGAUUUCAUAACUUACCAGCUCAUCAAGAAAUAAUGAAUCCUAGUUUAGACGGAUUAAUGAUUUCACCCAGUUCAUUAUAUCAAGCGGACCCUGCGUUUAUGCAAAAACUACAGACACAGCUGAUACAAAGAUUCCCCUCACUUGGAUUCAUUCCCUACGCUCCAGACGCUCCAACGAUAUCGUUGCAAUCUCACACAGAACCGCAGAUCCAACAUCCGGUACAAAACCCAUAUUUUUUGUUGGAAAACGAAGAAAUAACUAAACGGACACCUGCGUUAUUCGAGCCGCCCAAAAACGUUGUACAACGAGAAACACAUGAAAGUUCUGUAAUGUCAUUGAUCCCACAUUCGUUUACUAUUAACAACGUUACGGAAAAUCAAAUCGAAGUGACGUCUGCUUCCGAACCACAAAAUGUGACCGUGGAAGUGAUCGCAGCAGAUUCACAACCUAGUACAACAACAGUCAAAUAUAUAGUAGAAAGCACCACCCGGCAGGAGCCCCAGCAAAACGUAACGCCCAUAUAUUAUGCACAAAUAGGACAAAGCAUCGGUAAUGCAGUAGCGAACAGCUUCUAUUCGGCCAUCAAUGACGUGAGAGCAGCCGCAGCUUUGGCACAAGUAGAUAAACCCCAAGAGCAAGAUAACGUCACCUCUACAACUCUAAAUCCUGAAUAUAAAACUUUCAUUAUAAAGCAACCAGAUAAUUCUAAUAACCAAUCUAUAGAAUUGAAGCCGACUAUGCUUGGUCUGCCAUUUUCUAAAGCUUCCGAUUCCGUUAAUAUUGCAUACACAUUAUUAAGAUCCAACAACAAAGAACCGAAGUUGUCGAAAGAGGGCGCCGUAUAUGGCGGUCAAAUAGUCGAGGCGACCAUAAGUGAAGAUAAAGAAUACAACAAAGAAAAGGCUACACUUCUGACGAGGAGAGCGCCACUGAGAAUUAUAUCAGUCACCGAAAAGAAAGAAGGACCGUCUAUAUCCACUGUCCCACCAAAAAUAACGGUGGUGAAAGCGAAGAUUCCUCCAAAAAGCAAGCUAACCUUUGAUGACAAAACCGGUGAACCUGUUUUAAGAAUAUACGCGAGUUAUGUGGACACUCCAUCACAGAAAGAAAUUGUGACCUCCAAAUUGAACCAUGUUAACAACCAGAAUAAGGUGAAAGAGAUUGUGGUGAAAAAGCCUGAUACCAUUGAAAACUGGACAUCGGCAAUGGUCAAGAAGUUUGACAAAACGCAAGGGCACGACGCGAAUCAAGUCACAGACUUCGGUUUGAAACUUAGAUCGAGGAGUGACGAUUACAUACCUAUUUUCGAAGAAUAUGAAGAAUAA